AUGUCGCAUUCGGCGCCGCUCACGCCCACGUCCUUGUUUGGAUCAGACCAAGAACAUCUUUCUGACAUUGAGUCUUGCGCCACUUCAGUUCCGGAAACUGUUAUGGCAGAGCAGGUUGCCAACGAUGUGGUAAAGGAAGCACAGUCGGUGGGUCGUUCUGCGCCCAUCGACGACUCUGCGUCAACUACCAACACCCCCGCCGUCAACGGCGAACCGCCCUCGGGCACAGCGACCACGAAACCGACCCCACGAGAAGCGUCUCCUACGAAACCCACUGUGAACGGCACAGGUGCACCCGCCACUGGUAGUGCACACGUGUCAGACAAGGCCGAUGGAGAUGUGGCAGCUGGCGAGAACAAGCAGUCGGAUGCAUCACGGCACGAUUCCAAACAGCCCCACCUCAAUGGCUUCUCGAGCGAACAUCUGGCGGCGGAGUCGCAAGCCGUAGCAGAUGCCAGUGGUGGCUCAGAUACCGACAUCAGCCGCCCAGGAAGCGUCGACCAGUCCAAGCGCGACGGAGUUCACGUGCGGACCAACUCAGCAGCCAAGAAACAGCCGUUCAAGUCAGUGUCUGUGACGAAGAGCUUUCUGGCCAAGACCGUUCCGACCACGCCUGCUGCACGACCGGGGGAGAAAGCAGCCCCGGCAGCCCCGCCCAAGACGUCGAUUCUCACCGCGAAGCCCCGCCUCGUAGCGAAAUCCGGCGCUGGCAACGCCCCGCGUGCGCUGGGACAGACCAAUGGCGCAGGUGCAGGUCCAGAUGCGAGCAAAGUCUGGAAUAAGAACCAGCCCGUCCCAACUCCACCGCCCAAAACCUUCACCGACGAAGAACUGAAGCAGCAGUACGGCAUACACCUUGCAACACGCCUACAAGCUGAUGAAGGAGGCAAGGAGGCCAAGUGGGCAGACAUUGACGAUGACGAGGAAGACUGGACCCCGGAAGCAGUGCAAUGGAUGGAUGGAACCAAGUCCUCAGUUGCGGUGCCACCGGAGACGCAGCCACCGCCUGCCGAAGAGCCCAAGACUAUUCUCAAGCCUGAGACGCCCGCCGAAGCACCCAAGCCUACUACGUCCCCGGCUCCAGCUACGAACGCGCCCAAAUUGAGCGUCACUGGUGGUGCCAAAACUAUCUUGAAGCCUGGUGCGCACACGCAGCCUACUACUGGAAAGUCAAGUCUGGUCCUCAAGGGUCAGCCAGAGAGACCAACUCUAGUGGCCAAGCCAUCAGCAACCGAGAAGAAGUCACCAUGGGCGCCCCUGCCUCCAGUCGAGAAGGUGUCGCCGAUCCAAAUCAAUCCCCCUGCGCAGCAACCGCCCCCACAGCGCUACUCACAGCGUGAUUCCUAUGGUUACGACUCCAUGCCCCCACCUCCCGCGAAGGAGAUCGCCCCAGAUGACUUUAAUCGCAACUGGCGCAACGAAAGCGGCGGCCGAGAUACUCGAGACGGCCGGGAAUUGUUCAAUUCACAGAGUGGUCGUUAUGAGCCUGUACACAAUGACAUGCGGCGGGGUUCUGGUCGAGAUGCUGGUGGUGGUUACCGGCAGCAGCCGUCCGCUGUGUUACAGAGGCCUUCUCAGGACGGCGGCCCAGCAGAGCCUUCAGCGGCGUUCCAGACGUCAAGGGCAAGCGCGGAUGGUCCUACUUGGGGCAGGAGGAGGAACUCGUCCAACGUGAGUGGAACUAUGCCUAGGCGCAUGUCGAUGGACCCACGGGGCGUAGACAUGCCUACUGGUCCCAUGAACAUGGAGCGACGCGAAUCACACUCGAUCAACGGUGUGGACCCUUCGGAUCCUGCAGCCGCCAGACAAUCGCCAUUCCAGCAGAUGAAGUCUCCGAACGUUCCUCAUGCACACCCGGCUUCACCCUAUGGCUCAGUAACCUCAGCUGUACAAGAUGUACCGGCGCCUACACCAGCACCACCGGCAGAGAACCCAGUCGAGGUACAGAAACGUUUGAUGGCUGAAAAGAUCGAGCGUGCUCGUCUCAAGAAACAGCAGGAUGCGGAAGCCGAGAAGCAGGCAGAGGCAGAGAGGAAAGAACGUCUUGCUAAGAAGCUGGCCGCUAUGGGACCGCCUGAACCCAAGCCCAAAAACAAGGAUCAGUCGCCUACCCGCCCAGAGCAGUCCCCACAGAAAGACAAGGCUGCUCCUGCGCCAUUGCAAUCACCGCCAAAGCCACCUGUACCGACUGCCGAGGGUGAGGUUACACAGUAUGGUAUGAUGAAGGUCCAUCAGUCUCACCCGGUGAAAAGAUCGCCUCAGGCGAGCCAUGCUCAAGUAAAUCCCUCACCGGUGACUGCUCCUUCAUCACUUAACCAGCAAUCGACGCCGCCGUUUGACGCCUUCACUCGUGACAACGAAAAGUCUCGGCUGUCAACUGAACAAUCUCAAGCGAUCGCUCACCAAUCAGACGGCGCUAUCCCUUCUGGGCCUAGGCCGCAGGCACCUCCGACCUGGUCGCAGUCUUCUUCUACAGCACCUCAACCCAGACCUUGGACAUCACAAGUUUGGGGUCCUCCCGGCGCAAAAGAUCGAGCUCUUGGUAACGGUACCUUCGACUCCGAUUACAGAGGCCAAUCUCGCCCUGGUGCCCAGCAGCAACUUCCUGUUCAGCCACCUGCCGCGACAGCUCCCAUUGGCACUGGCCUAGCUCCUCAGGCUUUGACUUCACACCCAGCAAGACAGAUGCCACCUUCGCAACCCAUGUACGCCCAGCGAUCUUCGCGCGUCCAAAACGCUGCGGCGGCUCGGGCGGCUAGACCACCCCCAAGGAACGUCACUGGCGGCGGUUGGGAUACAUUUGGUGAACUUAUCAAAAAGGAUGACCAGGACCUCGCAGCGAAGAAUGCUCAAGAUAGAGAACGCCAGGGCGAAUUCCGUCCCGAGCUUCGAGAGGUAUACAAAGAUCAACGUGGGCAAGCACAAGUGACGCUGCAUGACAAGGUCGCCGCCGAACUGGCUCUUGCCGAGGCAUUGAAAAAGGACGAUACUACGAAGCCUUUGGUUGAAGGUUCGUCGCCUCAGCAAGGUCUGACUCAAGGCCCUCUCCAGCAGGCUACUGGUCCUCGCGCAUCGCGCUUCUUCCCUCGUGCGACUGAGACCUCAACAGAGGCGACGGCGUCUCCGUCGACCUUUGUGUCAAGUAAAGCAGACUCACCUCCUCCGCCUCCCGAGACAGAGACACACCCUGCUUUCAGCAGUGAAGCCGGUCACCCAUUGGUGAGACUGCCGAAGCCCUCGCCUGUCGUGCGACUUCCACCGUCGGCAGCUGGCAACGGUACGGCCGCUGCUUCUCACGUGAACAUGCCGUCGCGCGGCCAAGCUCUAGGCGCCAGACCUCUCGCAAUGAACCCGGAGUGGCAGGCAAGGUUUAAUAAGCUCCUCGACAAGCCAGGUUCCAACCGUCCAUCAGCCCAUCCAAGCACGUCUCCAAUGCUGCCGGUCGCUACUCCACAGCAAGGCGCGGUCGCCCCGGCUGCCUUGUCCAAGGCUUCGCUAGACGUUCGAGGAAAUACUGGUCCUGCAACUGUGUCAUUGCCCAGCGCGUCUCAGACGAGAAUCUUUGCAGAUGAUCGUGGUGCAGAGGCUGUCACUCGUGGUGAUACUGAGGCUCUGUUCGAAGACAGAGAGUUCGGUUCGCUGCCCACCGUCAAAUUGUCCAAGGUUCCGCACCUCGCAGCCAAUCAACCACCCAAGGCCGCGCCUAGAGAUGAGCAGCACCCGAGGCACAAGAAAUUGGAGAACCCGUUCACCAUUCGCCGCCUGGAGGCAUUCGACAUUGAGAAGACGACACAGAACAGGCUGAAGUUCGACGUUGUUGUGCGCCUCGCGAACAUGCGUCAGCCUGUCACCAAGUCAGUGCAGAGGAAGCACUACGGUCCAAAACUCAACAGGCAACCGAAACCCAAAGCGACGGGUACGCCGAGCACCACUUCUACCAACAGUGCGAAGGAUCGCCCGCGCAAGCCCUCGCACCAAAGCCAGACAGAUCGUUCUUACAACAACAGCGCUUCACGCCCGUCUGCUCCCAAGACUUGGUCCACCAGCAACAACAAUGCUCCUCGCUCAUCCCCAGCUCACACAGCUACAACCUGGGCUAAGGUUGCAACGGCCUAA